AUGCCCGCGCUAGUGUCCGCGAGCCGCAGCCCCAAGCCGCGCGCUCGCACGCCAGCUAGCGCCGAGCCGCCGCGCUCCACCUGCGCCCGGCCCGCACUGCCGCACCUGCGUUCGCCUCCACACCGUGCGCUCCCCCGCUCCUGCGUCGCGCACGCCAGCCCGCUGCCGCCCUCGAGCCCGCGCGCGCCGCGCCCUGCCGCGCCCGAGCCAAGCCGCCCGGCCUUCGCGCACGCCUGCGCUCGGGCCUGCGCCCGCGUGGGGCCGCCCGCGCGCCACCAGCUGCCGGCCGAGCCCACACCGGCCUGCAGCAAGCAAAGGGAGGGAGGUGGGGAGAGGAUAAGGGAGAGAAAAUGUGACUGCCAGUGA